AUGGCAAGAAAAGUUGGAAGCUGGACAGUUCAUCACGUUAGCACUUUCUUGUUGACUUUCUUCGGCUAUGCAUUUUUCCAUGCCUGCCGAAAAGCAUUCAGCAAUGUUAAAGAUCCACUUCAAAAGGAGCUGACGCCAUCGGCGAAAGUCACUUGCCCAUGGCCACAUUCAAACUCUUCUGUUUGUGUCCUAAAACCUUAUGACACUUGGAACUCGAGACACGUCUUCAAAUCAACGAACGAAGCAAACUUAUUCCUUGGAACACUGGACAAUUUUUUGUUUUCAUAUGCUGUUGGACUGUAUGUUAGCGGGAUGAUUGGAGAUAGGGUCAAUCUAAGGCUGGUAUUGACAUUUGGAAUGUGCAUGUCUGCUGUUGUGUUUUUCAUCUUUGGUUUUAUUAGCGAGCACUUUGGCAUUUACAAUAAAUAUUUCUAUGGUGUUUUCUUCAUGUUAAAUGGCUUGUUGCAGUCUACGGGAUGGCCUGCGACUGUUGCUGUGAUGGGAAAUUGGUUCAGUAAAUCAACAAGAGGGUCAGUGUUUGGGUUUUGGAGUGCCAAUGCUUCAGUUGGAAAUAUUAUUGGCUCUUUAAUGGUAGCUUCGGUUCUCAACUAUGGAUAUGAAUAUGGAAUAUUGAUUACCUCGUUUCUAUUGUUUUGUGGUGGUAUUCUAAUUUUCCUUUGCCUAAUUCCGAAACCCCAAGAUAUUGGAUUGGAGCCUACUAGAGAGUUGGAUGAUUAUGUGGCAUCUUCUCCAGUUAAUAAUGAACCUGAAGAGAAAGAACCUUUGUUGCAAGAUACAUCAUUGCAGCAACCUGGAGACCCACAGAUUGAAGUUAACAGCAAAGCUCUUGGGUUUUUCCAAUCAUUGAUGCUUCCUGGUGUCAUACCUUACUCACUCUCGUAUGCUUGUUUGAAGCUGGUUAAUUAUUCAUUCUUUUUCUGGCUCCCAGUUUACCUGUCUCAAGGUUUGCACUGGAAAGACAAAAAAAGUGAUGAACUGUCAAAUUUCUAUGACAUCGGUGGUAUAGUUGGUGGUAUUAUUGCUGGAGUUGCCAGUGAUCUUAUUGGACUUCGUUCCCCAGUUGUUUGCUCAAUGCUUGUCCUCUCAAUGGUAUCUUUAUUCAUAUACGGCAACACUGGGUCAAAUUAUGAUACAAAUGUUGCCUUUAUGACGCUAACAGGACUUAUGGUUGGUGGCCCAGCAAAUCUUAUCAGCUCAGCCAUUUCUGCAGACCUUGGAAAGCAGGUUGCUUUAAGAGGCAAUGAAGCGGCACUAGCAACUGUUACAGGCAUUGUAGAUGGGACUGGUAGCGUUGGAGCAGCAAUUGGGCAGUAUCUUGUUCCACAGAUUGAUGACUGGUUUGGAUGGCAUGCUGUGUUCUAUUUUCUUAUCAUAAUGACAUUUUUUAGUUUUGUUUGCUUAAUACCCAUGUUGAUUAGGGAUAUAAGAAAAGCAACUUGUUGUCGGAAAAUUACUGGCACUGAAAUGGAAUGUGUUAGCUGAAUCGCAUUAAAAAAUCAUUCAUAUGUAUGACCAACAAAUUUUCAGGAAAUUUUAAAACUCAGUGUAAAAUAUUGUUGCUUAGCAUAAAAGAAAUGUUUUGGUCACACAAUGAUCAAAAUUGUAAUUGUCGAUCUUAAUUUAAAAUUUUAAUAAUAGCCAUUGUUCAUUGCAUGAUCAAAACACAUUAGAACAUUGUUUAUCAUUUUGUUAACCAAGAGUUAUGUAUGUAGCAUUGGAAAGUUUUAAAAACGGUAAGCAGAAGUAGAAAUAAUGUAGGUUAAGUCAGAUACACUGCAUCAUUUUAAACAUUCAUGAAACAUCACAUAACAACAGUAAGAUUUUGGAUUUUGGACGAGGAGUAGUUUCUAGUAGCAGACACUGCUGCUGAUGACUCCUGCUCCUUUCAGCUUAUUGAUUUUCAAACCCUUUGUGCUUUAGAGCAAUUUAUUCUAAAAACUGCAUUUAAAGAUUGAACCUCUUCACAUUGUUACAAGAGAAUAGAUAUUCCCUGAAAUGACCAUAGCUUAUAAAACGCUAAUGCUGUCAAUUUUGAUUUAAUUGUAAAAUAAUGUCUUUUUGGGGCUAUGUUGAAUUAUGUAAAAAUACACUUGUUUUUCAGUCAUAAAUACUUAUAACCAUAAUAUUCACAUCUUCUAAGAUGAUUAAAUGUGAUUUAAGUUACAUAAUUUGAGAAAAAUGAUGCUUAGAUCAUCUCAUUAAAUUUCUGUGUCAGAUCAAUUUUUACUUCAGGG